AUGGAUUGGACUUGGAGUUGUUCUAUUUCUGGGCUGAGUCUUAUACUAUCAGGGCCUCUUCUGAUCAUCAUUCUCUUUCUCUACCAUUCCCGGAGGAGGCAGGCGGAGGCGCAUGAUUCUGGUAAACUCCGGCCACCAGGUCCAUUGGGGUGGCCGGUGGUAGGCAAUAUUUUUGACCUCGGAGAACUGCCACAUCAGACCUUGUGUAAGCUCCGGGAUAAGUUCGGGCCAGUGAUUUGGCUACAGUUAGGAUCAGUCGGAACUGUUGCUGUCAACUCGGCCGAUGCCGCGGCCAAGCUAUUCAAGAACCACGACCUAGCCUUCUCCGACCGUAAAUGCCCGGAUGCACUAACUGCCCACGGUUACAAUCAUGGGUCAAUGGCCAUUGGAAACUACGGGUCCUACUGGCGCGUAGUCAAGAGGAUUGGAGUCACGGAAUUCAACACGGCGAAGAGAGUGAACGAGAGUGUCCAUGUCCGAAGAAAGUGUGUGGAUAACAUGAUCCUCUGGAUCGAAGAAGCGGCCAUGGAAUCUUAUUCAAGUGGGCGGAAGGGGGAGAUAGAGAUUGCCCAUUUUCUAUUCCUAAUGGCUUUCAAUGUGGUGGGGAAUAUGAUAUUCUCGGAGGAUAUGCUAGAAUCCAAGAAUAUUAAAGGGAAAGAGUUCUUUGAUUCCAUGAGUAAGUUCAUGGUGUGGACUGCAAAGCCUAACUUAUCAGAUUAUUUCCCGAUGUUGAAGAGAUUAGAUCUCUUGGGAAUAAAGAAGGGGAUGAUGAAGGAUAUGGGAACAUGUUUGAAGAUGGUGGAGAAUUUUGUGAAGGAGAGGGUGGUUCAAGAGGAGAGAUUCAAGAGUAGAGAAGAUUAUAACCGAAAGAAGGAUUUCCUUGAUGUUCUAAUGGAGUUCCAAGGUGACAAUAGAGAAGGGCUUAGCAGGGUUUCCGAGGAAAACCUCAAUAUCCUUAUUAUGGUAUAUCUUGUUUUGUAUACCAUUUAA